AUGGGUCUUAAGCUUUAUAGAUCAUCUUCGUUAUAUAAUCCAGUUGUUUAUUCUUUACUCAAUAUUCUUAUUCAUAAUAAACGAGCAAAAGCAUUUGUUUCUGAGCAAGCAAUUGAGAUGGCGUUAGAUGAGAUGAAAGAAUUCGAUCAACAAACAGCAUCAAAUAAUGAACAAUUAUUACGUCAAUUAAUUUAUGGUACUUAUUGUAAAAACAAUGAAAACAACUGUUUCCGUUCGAAUCGAAACAAAAUAAAUCCUAUAACAUCAGACCUUGCACAACGGAUUGCCUUAACACUUGAUGACUAUUUUACAGAUGAUGUUCCAGAUCAUUAUCAGAGAAUUACUGUACAUAAUGGAAGCAAAGACUGA